AUGGAAAUAGUGAAGUUCGAGCCGGAUGCCGAAGGGAUUGAAAGAAGGAAAGGCAUAAAGGCCUUUGGAGACACAAACAGGAUAAGAGUGGUUAAAAGCACAACCGCACCGAAGUUUAAUCUGUAUACAACAGAAAUAGGCGUCAAGCAAGAGGAAGAGGAAAAGCAAUACACUCCGUACAGGCCCUCCCUAGAAGAACCGGCCACAUCAAAUGCCUAUGUCCCACCGACGAUCAAGCGUCCAGAGACAUGCAGCGUUAAGCUCUCAAACCUCCCUCUGGACAUGACAAGGGAUAGACUUUACUCUAUCAUCAAGUCGCAUACAAGCGUUUUCUUCAUGAGUCCCAACCUUGUCAUGAAUAGAGAGACAGGAGUCUUCAGAGGAUUUGCAUUCGUGACUCUAGAGUCCAAGGAUGAUGCCAUGAAGUUCAUCAGAGACCUCAGGGGCGUUGCAAUAGAUAGUCUGGGAUUAUCUGCAGAAAUAGCCAGAUAG